AUGGCUGCGAACGCUCGAUACGAGCCCGCCCCGCAGCGGGACUCCUUUGAAGAUCAACAAUACACCCAAGCACCUCCAUCUUACCAGGCCACAGCUCAGCCUGCGGAGCCUCGAUCGGAGGAUGACAACUUGCCCGAUGACUUUAAGUUCGGUGGCAUGGUGGCGGAAGGAACCAUUGACAUCCGUAUGCAGUUCGUUCGCAAAGUGUACUCGAUCCUGACCGCCCAAAUUCUCCUCACAACUAUCCUCAGUUCCAUCUCAUUCUUCAACGAAUCCUACCGCAUAUGGAUCCAGUCCAACUUCUGGCUGAUGAUCCUCUCUAUCUUCGGCGCUCUCGGCUUCAUGCUCGCGACAUUCUGGAAGAGAAAGUCUUACCCGUCUAAUCUCCUCUUCCUUUCCGCCUUCACCAUCACAGAAGCCUACUCCAUCAGCGUAGUGACAUCAUUCUACGACGCGCGAGUCGUCGUCCAAGCUCUCGUCCUUACACUAGGAAUCUUCUUCGCCCUAACUCUCUUCGCCUGCCAAACGAAGUACGAUUUUACGAACUGGAUGCCAUACCUCUUCGGUGCACUGUGGUUCCUGAUUCUCUUCGGCUUCGUCGCGGUGUUCUUGCCCUUCAGCAGUGCCAUCGAGACUGUCUACGGUGUUCUUGGCGCUUUGAUCUUCUCCGGCUACAUCCUUGUUGAUACGCAGAUGAUUAUGCGCCACUACCACGUUGAGGAGGAGAUUGCGGCGUCCAUCUCGCUGUAUCUGGAUGUGCUGAACUUGUUCAUGUCUAUUCUGCGUAUCUUGAAUGGUCAGCACAAUAACUAG